AUGUGGAUGGCCAUGAGCCUGUCCACGCGCGUGUGCAUUUUCCGACGUGCGGACAAAAAUGAUGACGGGAAGUUGUCGUUGGAGGAGUUCCAGCUCUUCUUUGCAGAUGGCGUCCUCAACGAGAAGGAGCUGGAGGAUCUCUUCCACACCAUCGACUCUGACAACACCAACCAUGUGGACACCAAGGAGCUGUGUGAUUACUUUGUGGACCACAUGGGGGACUAUGAAGAUGUCUUGGCCUCUCUGGAGACCUUGAAUCACUCUGUCCUGAAGGCCAUGGGCUACACCAAGAAGGUGUACGAGGGCGGGAGCAACGUGGACCAGUUUGUGACGCGCUUCCUCCUGAAGGAGACAGCCAAUCAGAUCCAGUCACUGCUGAGCUCCGUGGAGAGUGCGGUGGAGGCCAUCGAAGAGCAGACCAGCCAGAUCCGACAGAACCAUAGCAAAGCCAGCCACGGCGCGGUGGAGCCCUGGUAUGGAAGCCCCACGCCCCCCUACGCCCCCAACCACAAGCUCAUGGCCACGGAACAAGGGACGAGUCUUCCAUCUGUCACUGCGGACCCCAAGGAGGAGGGCCUGGAAGCCCAGAUCAGCCGGUUGGCAGAGCUCAUAGGACGGCUGGAGAACAAGACCCUCUGGUUUGACCUGCAGCAGCGCCUCUCAGAUGAAGAAGGCACCAACAUGCACCUGCAGCUGGUCCGGCAGGAGAUGGCCGUGUGCCCCGAGCAGCUGAGCGAGUUCCUGGACUCUCUGCGACAGUACCUGCGGGGCACCGCCGGGGCCAAGAACUGCUUCCACAUCGCCGCCGUGAGGCUGUCGGACGGCCUCACCUUCGUGGUCUACGAGUUCUGGGAGACGGAGGAGGAGUGGAAGAGGCACCUGCAGAGCCCCGUGUGCAAGGCGUUCCGGCACGCCAAGGUGGACACGCUGAGCCAGCCUGAGGCCCUCUCCAGGAUCUCUGUGCCAGCCACUUGGUGCACCGUGGGCCGUGACUGACCCCUCCCGGAGGCCUGCGGACGCGCCUGCCACCCUGCCCCUCUUACAAAGGACGUCCCCUCUUUUCUAGACACUUUGGUACACGAGCUGUCUUUUCAAUAUACUUCCAAACAAGAAUGUAUUUCCCCGCUCUCUGAAGUGAAGGAGACCCCCCUCCCCCACCCCACACCCCCAUCCUCGUUGGCAGAGCAGCGUCGGAGCCGCCACUGGGCCGGGAGGCCUCCUGGAGCCGGCAGCCCGCCCCUCCCUAGCCCACCCCCUGGACGGGGCCUCAGAUGCCCAGCCCCAGGCGCCCGGGCCGCCGCGGCCUCAGCAGGACGCGCCCUGCUCCCUGUCCUGGUUGACAGUCCUCUACGUGGUAGCACCCGAGCCCCCGUAGCACCCGACCUAGGCCUGUGCCCGGCCGCACACGGCAGCAGAGCCCGGUAGUCAGCACCCUGCCAGGCGGCCAGCCGCCACUGAACCUGCUCCAAUAAACUCC